GCUGAGGCUCCAUUAAAGGUUUCCUGCUGCUGUCCCUUCCUCUCUCCUUCCUCAGGCCGGUGUCACGCUGUCGUUAGUCGCCGGGGCUCCCGACCCCUGACAGAAAAGCCUAAUAAAAUGAAGAUCUGGGCGUCAGAGCACAUUUUCAACCACCCAUGGGAGACGGUGACCAAGGCGGCGAUGCAGAAGUACCCCAACCCCAUGAAUCCAAAUGUGUUUGGUGUGGAUGUUCUGGACAGAAGCGUGGACUCAACGGGACGGUUACACAGCACCAGGCUGCUCAGCACAGAGUGGGGGCUCCCCGCCAUGGCCAAGUCUAUCAUUGGGGUAACAAGAACAUACACGUACGUUCAGGAACAUUCAGUGGUAGACCCCAAAGAGAAGACCUUUGAGCUGAAAUCUACAAAUAUCUCCUUCACUAACCUGGUAUCUGUGGAUGAGAAGUUGACCUACAAACCACAUCCGCAGGAUCCUGAAAAGACGGUGCUGACACAGGAGGCUCUGAUCAGUGUGAAAGGUGUCAGUCUGAGUAGCUACCUCGAGGGUCUCAUGGCCAAGACCAUCUCUGCCAACGCUGGCAAGGGUCGGGAGGCGAUGGAGUGGGUCAUCAGACGACUAAACACAGAAAUCGAGGAGUUGGCGGCGACCGCUCGUGGCACUAUACGCGUUCCCAUGGCAGCAGCUGUUGCAGACAAAUGAUCCCGGCUUUCCACCGCUGCUUUGUCCGCCAUCAUGAACCGACGGACCUCUCAUACAUUUCCUCCCACCCAAUCUGCAAGCACAGCCUAAUAUCCACAGCCCCAUCCUUUCUUUGUGUGUAUAUCACAAGAAGUUGCUGUUCGUUCCUCCUCAGCAGUCUGCGUAGACGGGUUUGAUACUCGCCGCUGUGGGCAGUGAUGGGGAGCGUUGAGCUGAUGACGGUAUAAAAAACAAACAGGGUUGAAUUGGACUGCACUUGAAGCUCAUAGGACGUAGUCUUGUGAUGUUAAAGCUCUUUUUUUUUUCUUUUAUAAAUAUUCACACUGUGCCUCCACAUCAUUUCAUAAGUUUCCUCUUUUCUUUUCUCCCCUUCAUCUUAAACUUUUAAUCUCUCUUAUGUUCCCUUAUUAUUUCCAAAUCCUUUAACGGCUGAAAUGAAGUCACUUGUUACUGACUUUUUCUGGAUUGGCUGAUCUUGCUUUGUACAACAGAACUGACCAAAGUUUCUCGAAGCCAAAACCCCCUCCAGCAAUCAAAACGGGCUGUAACAAAGUAUGAAAGAACUGAAAUUGUAAGUUACACGCUGCACUAGCGUGAUAUCUAAGGUCUCUCUGUUUUGUGGUAAAGACAGGUGCAGCUCAGAGGAAGCAGAGCUGAGCGCAGGUUACGUGGCCAGACAACGAAUCCAGUUUGUGGGUGUAUUUGCAUGGUGUUGAACACAAAUUGAACUUGUCCAGGUCUGGUACAGCCUGUCGAGUCUUGUGCCAUCAGGUGGAAGUACACCAGCUUUCUGAGUGAGUCUGUGUAAUCCAGAAUACUUUUGGGUGCAGUGGUCCAAAGCAGUCCACACCACAGGAGCAGAGGGUAGUGCUGAUAAGGUUUUGUACAACGAUGAAGACCAGCUAAAACUUGCAAUUUAUCGAAGUCUCGAAGCCUUUAUUUGUUUACCGUAAUUUGCUUUUUGAUAUGGAUCUGUCUGCUGAAGAUGUCAGCAUGGUAUACUGCGCUGUAGUCACUUCUGGUGGUCACAUUCUGAUCUUCUGGAUACAAACAACUUGAUUUCUGUGUGUCUCUUGUUUCUUCUCUGUUCUAUAGUUAAGUGUUAACAGUAAGAAUGUGCAUACUUGAAUGUCUAACUUAUUUUCAGCAUGUGUACUUACACUUUCACUUUAAGUAGCAGGAAGUCCUUAAACAAUGCAGGGCUUUAAAAUGAGUGUUUGAGCACUGAGCAACAUGUUUGCAUUCACCUCAGUGUUUCAUUUGUUGUCUUGUAAGAGGAGCUCUGCAGGGUUGUGUUCAGAAUCACUGUGUGCUGUCAACCCCUAAACACUUUUCAAGCUAUAUUUAUUAUCAUGAACAAAACAACUUUGUACUUCAUACUGUCUGUAGAUGGUGUUAUUUAUAAUACAUUUGUAUUAGCAAAUAUUGACAAAGGCUGUUAAAUUGUGUUCGAUUUUAAAAGCUGUUAGCUUGUGGUGUUUUUAUAGUUCAUUUCCCUUUGUUAUGCCAUUGCAGACUCUCAGGUGCUACAUAGUUAGCAUAGUUUUUUUUCAGUUUCCCUGUUUGCUUCUUUCAUAAAAACCGUGUUAAAAUAAAGCCAACAUAAUCUGUAAUUCUUAUUCAUUCUUCUCUCUAGAAAUUGUAAUAACAGUUCUGCAAAUUGACACGUUUACAUUUAAAGUGGUUAGUGGUUCAACUAAAACUAUUUGUGUUACAGUAUCUGUUGAUGGAGCUCAGCAUCACAAGUCUCCACAGUCAGUAUCUCCAUCGACUGUCAUGGUUUCAGUUAGUACUUUUCACACCUGCUUCCAGUUCAGCUGAGCUUCUUUUGAAAGGCGUGUUCAUAGUCAACUAACUGUUACAUCUCAUGUAUUUUCCAGCUCAGGAUCAUUCUGUUUGAAGUCUGGUCUGGUCGCUCAGCCAGUCAGUGGAUAGUGGCAGUGUCUCUUCAUGAAGUGAGACUUUUUUUUUUUUUUUUUUUUUUUUUCUGUGAGGAACAGUGGCUGUAAAUAGGCUUAUUUAUAUUUUGUUGUUGGUGUUACAUUCCAAGAAUGUCAACAUGUAACAGAAUCUAAAGAGUGCAGACUGAAAGGUUUCAAAAUAAACAGAUGUCAUUGUUUGAUGAA